UCACCAAUCCCAAAUAUUCUGACAUUCACUGUCAAAUCAAAAUAGAUAAAUUCUAUACAAUGGCACACAUUGCCAUAGGAUUCAUACCACAUACACAACUAUCAUUUAAAAGCAAUGUACUCUGCCAAGUCGAAUCCACGGCCAAUCUCCUCGCUGCCCAAGUACCCUCUCCUCGGCAAAGGCGCCACGGGAUGGGUCUUUAAGAUCAACCACAGAAUCGUUCUCAAGCUAUCGAUAGACUACAAUUCUCUGGCCAUGACGUAUGAAAACAAAAUGUACGAAAUUCUGGAGACGGGCGAGCCUAGCCCAUACAUUCUGCAAAGCAUCUUUCGCCAGCCAGGCAUGAACUUUCUACCAUUCAUGCCCGGCGGCUCGCUGAACGUACGCAUCAGGGCUUCUCAAACACGAGACAAAAACGAUAUGCUCGUGGCAGUCACCAAGCUGGAAAGUCUCAGCACUGUAAGGAAAUGGGCAAGUCAUAUCACAGAGGCAGCAGCCUGGCUAGAGGACCUGGGCCUGGCACACGGCGACCUCAGGCCACGCAACAUGCUCUUAGACGCGGCCGACAACUUGAAACUGGCCGACUUUGAUCUGUGUGCCGAGAUGGGCAUGAACAUAGUCAGGACAAGGUGCCCGUGGACACGCGUGUUUCAAGACCACGACAGUGGUGGUGCUGGUGAUGAAGACGGCCCAUGGGGCAUCCACAGCGCCAAAACCGAACAGUUUGCCAUUGGUUCCGUACUAUACUUUGUCUCCAGAGGCUACGAACCAUACGAAGUGACUGAUGGCAACGAAGCGACCGAUGGCACUCCAAACAGGACCGCCUUGUGGCGGCGUGGUAUAUUCCCCGUGCUCGGAGGCGGCAGCAUAGACACUGUGAUUGGCAACUGCUGGAACGGCGUGUAUCCCACGCUUGGACGUCUCAGUGAACAAUUCGCUGAUGAACCUCGUGGCCAGUGUCUACGGGUGGCUGAAUUGGCGGAGUUAAGAAGUAAAUGCGAAGAUGUGGCAGCGGACUUGGCUGAGUCGAGAGGAGGGGGGGACGCCUCAUUGAUCUUCAACGAUAGUCUGACAAAUAGACUUCAACCGCCGGAGCCUUUCUAGAAUGUUGCCAUGCGCUUGCAUGCAUAUGGAAAGAUGGCGAUCUUUUCACGCUUGUUUGCCAUGCACAUUCAGGAUGAAUAGCUCGCUGCCGGAGAUAGAGCAGCAAACAUGUCCGAAUCCCCCAUCCAUAGGACAAUUUUACCAAACUUGACACAAACGCGGCUUAGGGUCGUAUUCUCGCUUUUAUCCAAAGGAUCGACAAAGCCCCACGUUCAUUUGGGCAAACAGGGGAGAAAGCGUUGAAGACAAGCGACCUUCCUGCAAGAGCAAGAACGGUUUGCCAGCCCUUGUUUGUCUGUGAUUUAUACGGCGGGAGAAUGUG